AUGUCGGCGACGGUGUUUAGUUGUGGUGUUUUUUGGAGAGCCGCUGUUCUGGUGUUAGUUCUUGUGAUAAAAGUGAGGACGGUGCCCAAUGAAAGACAGGCUCAGGAGUUGCUGCUUUUGGAUAACUUGGGCAAACGGGGAGGCGUGUCGACUAGCGAUCAUGGGACUCUUAUGGAUAUGUUGGGGAGAAUUGGAAGGAAAGCAACAGUAGCCGGUUGGGGCAGAACCCGACACGGACAAGCUACCGUGCCUUCAACAUUACAAGAGGUCGAAGUUGAAGUUAUACCAAACGAGAGAUGCCAAAGAUGGUUCCGAGCUGCAGGAAGACGGGAGACUAUUCACGAUGUAUUUCUGUGUGCUGGAUAUAAAGAGGGUGGUAGAGAUUCCUGUCAAGGAGACUCAGGAGGACCUUUGACGCUAACAGUCGAAGGACGAAAGACACUAAUAGGACUAGUUUCGUGGGGUAUUGGCUGUGGAAGGGAACAUCUUCCGGGAGUGUACACUAAUAUUCAAAAGUUCGUGCCUUGGAUGGACAAAGUGAUGAUGGGAUAA